AUGGUUGUCGUUUCUGGCUCACCUUGGGCCAAAAAGGUCGCAUUCAUUGUUAUUUCGCUCAAUCUCCUAUUCUGGUGGUAUUGUUUCUCCGUCCCUCAAUCAGACGAUGUUAAUCCACCACCACCAUCAAGAAUACAACGAUUAGAAGCCGUCCCCGACCCCGAAAUAAUUGCAAAGAAGAAAGAAAAGGAAGAACUUAAAAAAGAAACGGCCGCCGAACCACCAGUCGACAAAAAUGGCUUCAAGACGUUUCGGUCGUGGAGUCACUUCGAAAUCACCAAACCCAGCAACGAAAAGACGUUUAUCUUUCGUCGCUUCAAAAGCUCACCUCAUAAACCACCUCACAUCGAAUGGAACCCCAACGGGGGCGAACUCUCAAAAGGAUACGUCUUUAUCACACCACAAUCUACGGGAGAAGAUAAAGGUAUCGCGCAGGCUGCUUCUUUCAUCAUGAAGCAAAACGCAGAACUUAUCUACGCACAUGACGACGAACCUCUGGAUUCAGAAGGCUUUCGUGUGCAGAAUAUCAACAAUGAGCAGUUUCUUACGCUGUGGCGCGGGACGAGAAAGGGUGCGCAUGGGUUUGGAGAGGUGGUUAUAAUGAACAGUCAGUACGAAAAGACAAUUAUUCAUCUUGACGCUAUCAUCAACAAUAUGUUUGGGCAAAAGUUCAAGGGUCAAUUAGACUUUCAUGAGCAGGAAUUGACGACGAGGGGAACUAUCUUGGUUACGGCUUAUAACACUACUUCGUGGAAUUUGACUGCCAUGGGUGGUUCGGAGAGAGGUUUCGUGUCGGACUCGAUGUUUUUUGAGAUUGACAUUGAGACUGAAGAAGUUAUCUUUAGUUGGAGUGCUCUCGAGCAUUUCUGGCCUGAAGAUUCAAUGCUUCCUCUCAUCACUGCCUCUGGAAGUGGCACUCCAAUGUCACCAUACGACUUCUUCCACUUAAACUCAGUUCAAGCCAUCAACCACGAUUCCUUCCUCAUCAGCAGUCGCAACUUCUGGUCUGUCUUUCUCAUUUCUCGAUCAACGGGUAGAGUACUCUGGGAAUUGAGAGGAAACACCAAGGGAGGAGACUUUGGCGCUAUGCCGCCUCACGGACGAUUCCGAUGGCAGAACCAUGUUCGUGCGCUGGAUGCUUCGACGCAGGGGAUGGUGAUAAGCAUGUUUGACAACCACAACAGUCCAGAGGAUCUGACCAAGACAAAUUCACGAGGAUUGCUGCUGAAAGUCAAGCUGCCGCCGCGUAUUGAUGAGAAGCCAGAGGUUCUUCGCAUUCUUUCACCUGAUCGCGCAAAGGUAGCUACGCAAGAUGGAAGCUAUCAAUUUGGAUUGAGUAACGGAAACUCGUUCAUGAGCUGGGGUGCUGGCGGUGUCGUACAUGAGUAUGGACCUGAAGGCGGUCAUGAUCUUCGCUGGCAAGCGCGCUUCGGACACGACGAGUCAAUCCGAAGUUAUCGUGCCUUUAAAGACGUCUGGACAGGUACACCCAUGGCAUGGUCCCCAGCACUCGUCAUCGAAAAAGCCGGAGAUUCUAUCCUCGGGUUCGUAAGCUGGAACGGCGCGACAGACAUUGAGUCGUACAAUGUAUACCUAUACGAACCCGGUAGUGCGAUGACGAGAAUGGGUAGUGCUAAAGUUUAUGGAUUCGAGACGGGUUUUGAUAUGGGCACCAAGUUUAACGAAACGAGUUGUAUUCUUGUCGCGGCUGUGAGGGAUGGACAAGAGGUGAAGCAGUCGAAUGUGGGAUGUUUGCAAGGAAAGACAUUUGUGUCUGGGUUUGUGGACUCUAAUGGCCAAGCGGCGGGUGAUUCGACGACUGAGGAGACUACGAUGCAGAAGUUGAUGGGUUGGUGGAACUCUUGA